AUGGACCUGCUAAACCAUCUCCUCGUCCCCUCCUCCUCCCCCACCGCCAGCCCGACCUCUGUAGCCAGAUUCACCCAAACCAUGGCCUCCGCCCUAGCUCUCGAGCACCCCUCAAAGGAAAACGAACCCCCGGCCCCGUCAAGUACGGGCCCCGCGAACGUCUUCAGCAUCGAAGAAUUCGAGCGCCAGCACGCCGAACAACGCGCCCAAAUCGACGCCGAGCUAGCCGCGCGCCGCAACCGGACAGCUCCGAAGCUGUCGAAUAUCUCAAAUGGCAGCAACGGCAGCCGCGGCGUGGCGGCGGAACCGCAGACCUUGAUCCCGAUUGGGAAAUCACGGACCACGGAACAUACGAUUGCGUUUCACCAGCUGUGUCAGGCGAGGGGCGUUGUGCCGUCGUUUGAGUUCCCCGAGGUGCUUGGGGGUCAGCAGUUUGGGUUUAGGCUUGAGGUUGCGGGGAGGGUGGUUGAGGAGGAGGGGCCGUGGGGGAGCAAGAAGGAGGCUAAAGAGGCGGCUUGUGAGAGGGGGUUGGAGAUGUUGAAGGAGCUGCAGAACAGGAAUGGGGUGGCUUUCUGCGGAGCCGGUGUUCAGGGAGAGGGCGCUGCUGCUGUUGCUGGUGGUGGAAGAGAAAACGAGCUGUUUGAUCCGGCGACGGGGAAGCCUUGGAUUGGAUUGCUGCUCGAAUUCUGCGCCGCGACCCAAACACCCCAGCCCGUCUACCAAGAAUACGCCCUCGGCCAGCGCUUCGCAUGCACCUGCACCCUAAAUCCACCGCUCUCCACCGGUGCCUGCUCGAUCGACUCUCUGAUCGAUGACGCCCAAGGCCCACGCACCUUCGGCUCGCUCUUGACAAUCUUCACAUCCAAGAAAACCGCACGCGCGAACUCGGCUCGCGAGGCUGUGGAGUGGUUGCGUCAGAACGGCCACCUGAGCGAGGCGGAGCCGCCGCGGAAAAAGGCCAAGGUCGCUAGUCCCAUCCUCGGUGCCGUUCAAGGGAGCGCCCCCAGUGAUAGCAAUGCCAACGCCAACAACAGCACUAACGACGCCGCUACUGCUACCGCCGCUGUCCGGGCUAGCGAUCCUCCCGCCGCAAACGCCGACACCAGCACAAGCAACAACAACAACAACACCGACGCCACCGGCCCCGCCCCCUCUAACCCUUCCGCCUCCUCAAUAUCCCCACCCACUGACGCCUCCUCCUACGGCCCCCUCGUGAACAACCUCUGCGCCUCGCUCGGCCUGCUCACUCCCGAAUACCGCCUUACGAACAGCACAGACGUGCCCGGUUUCUGGAGCGGUGCGGCCUACAUCGGCCGCGAGCCGAGCUUGCAAGGCAUCGCGCCGAUCCGGCACGUGUUUGGGAAGAAGCGGGCCAAGGAGGAAUGCGCGAAGGGACUGUGGGAGGUGCUGAGGGGGUGGAAGAGGGAGAGAUCAUAG